CCUCGCCAUCCCUCUCUGCACCUCAUGUUUGGGAAGAAGAGGGUAAAGGCAAAGGAGUCGACUUAUGGACGGCGUGAUGUCGCACGCGACGACGACUUCCUCAGUGACACUCUGCUGGCCGAUCUCGUUCCAAAUUGUAAAAUUCUCGUCCAUCACGCUUGGGGUCAUGGGAGGCACACGUACGACGCGCCCGUUCUGCUCGAGAUCUUGAGCAUUGUCCGCAAGUAUGUCGUCGAUCAAAUCGGGAACUCCCCACCAAAGGACAGGGUGAAGGAGGCGUUAAGACAUUUCGCCGAGCUGGAGAUCGUUAAGCGUCAUCUUCGGGGAAAGGACGACAGAGAGCGUGCUCCCUUCUUGACGCAUGCAAAUCGUUACCUUCAAGUCUAUCUCCCGACAUCACACUUUGAAUUUGUACCAACAGAACGGUAUACAUGGCAUACAGAGAAGAACGAGCUGGCCGUGAAGGCUACCGCUAACUUUGAAGUGGGCAAGAUCAUCAGCGGGCUAUGCGGUGUGCUUGUUGCCCUUACCAACGAGGAAAACGAGGAGCUCCGAGGCGGUCAGGACUUCAGCAUCGUGGUGAACGUUCACACUAAACGCUUCUUCAUCCUCCUUGGACCUGCCCGAUUUGUCAACCAUGAUUGCAAUCCCAAUGUCAAGAUGAAACGCGAUGGUAAAUCUCUGACCUUCGAAGUUAUCAGGCCGAUCAAGGGGGGCGAAGAGAUUCUUUCCAGUUAUGGCGAGAACUACUUCGGGGAAGAGAACUGCGAGUGUCUUUGUGAGACUUGCGAGCAGAAUGGCACAGGCUUGUUCGCUAAAGAAGCUGCUCCUGGUGAGAAUGGAGAACGUCGCUCCUCCACAUUAGCUCCACGUUGUGCCAGUUCCGAGGCUCCUGUAGAGAUGCUAGAGUUUGAAGAGCGUAAAACCAGGCGCGGGACCGUGUUUUGGCGUGCACCAGCGAUCGAUGAUGAAGAAGAGGAAGAAGAGGCCGAAGAAGAAGAGGAUGAGGGCGCUGAUGCCGAUGCCGAUCCAGAAGAUGAUGGGAAGGUGGACAACGAGCAACUCCAAGGCGUUGAGACGCAAGCGACUAUCACAAUCGACGUGACUACCAAAGCGUUGACAAAUGAAAACGAAGGGGAUCGCGAGGUCGAGCACAGACCAUCGUCCAGUCGGGAAGUCUCUGCCGAUCUCCCGGACGGUUCCUCUAUCGAACGAGCUCAAGUUGCAGUUCCACAGCUCGCUCUUAUUUCUCCAGAUGUUACCGUUGGAAGGGUGAAUGUGGCUUUCCUAACACCCGAACCUACUCCGGUAUCUGGGUCGCCUCAGCCACACCACUCCGUUAAUGGAUCAACAGAAAUGCCCUCAUCAAGCUUGUCAGUCCCUGCUACGGCUUCUGCGACACCCGAAUCAUCUGAUUCGAAUCUGUCUGAUGGCAAGACACGUCAUCUUGAGGCGUCUACUGCUCUCCUAACACCUCCACCAACGUCGUCAGAAGGUACUCCAGCCUCCGAUACUGUCGUGCCUGACAGGAGACCUGACCUCCCGAUUGGUUUCGCCGUCAUUGACGACGACGACGACAUGGAAUGCCCUUAUUCACCUCUCAGCUCGGCUUUGUCAUCGGCACUCUCUGACGUACCUUCCGACUUCGAUAUUGAUGAAGCUGUCCACGACAUUUUGGGUGAUUCUGCAGGCCGCCCAAGCUCGCCAGUGGCGGGCCCUGACGAAGUCUUCAUGCGACCAGAAACCCCUCCUGGAGAUAACUGCGCCGCCACGAAAUGUAAUCUACUAUUUAGUGAAAAGAAUCAGCCGAUUGGCAAGUGGUGUAUGCGGUGUGCCAGGCAUUUCAAGAUUUUUCAGGUGGAAUGGCCAUAUCGUACUGGCAUACGUCGUAUGAGCCCCAUGCUCCCUGGGCCUCCAGUCUGGUCUCGUGGUCGCCAGGUAGUAGGGAGUCCCCCGGCUUCGCGUGAAACAAGCGUAUCGUCGCAGAGGCAUAAGCGGAAGGCGAAGGAUGUCGCACCAGAGGCUCCGAAGACAAAGAAGUCACGGUUGAGCAAAGUCACGUCAGUGAAGAGAGGCAAAAGAACUUACACCAGACGUGUCGCUCCGCGCAGCGAGACCGACAGCGACAGUGGCUCAGACAGUGGCGAAGUUGGGCAGCACUCGGAAAUGGAACUGGAGGCUGAGAAUCUCGCUU